AUCAAAAGUUCCUAUUCCAUGUGGGCUGUUGAGUAUCUUCGCGAUGACUGACAAAAUCCGAAUACUGGUCGUGGGAAACGGCGGCCGCGAACACGCAAUUGCAUGGAAAUUGGCCCAAUCUCCACGCGUGGAGCACAUGUACGUCGUUCCCGGAAAUGGAGGAACCGCACAGCUGGACAAGGUUACAAACGUGUCGAGCAUUAAGCAAGAAGACUUCCCUGCGCUUGUAGAAUUCGCAAAGGAGAACCGUGUCAACCUUCUCAUCCCGGGUCCUGAGGCGCCUCUUGUAGCCGGCAUUGUAGAUUAUUUCAAGGACAAUGCUGAGACAAUCCGCUGCUUUGGCCCUAGUGAGGCGGCAGCACGCAUGGAAGGCUCCAAGACUUUUUCCAAGGAUUUCAUGAAGCGUCACUCCAUUCCGACAGCCGCCUAUGAGAAUUUCUCUUCAUAUGAGAGAGCCUCCGAAUACCUCUCAAACGUAUCGCACUCCGUAGUCAUCAAAGCCUCCGGACUCGCCGCAGGCAAGGGCGUCAUAAUCCCACAAACAAAAGAAGAGGCACAUGCCGCAUUGAAGGAAAUCAUGCUGGAUAAGGAAUUCGGUACGGCGGGCGACGAAGUUGUUAUUGAAGAAUUCCUGGACGGUGAUGAACUGAGUAUCUUGAGCUUCAGCGAUGGUACCACAAUUAGGAGUUUACCGCCCGCGCAGGACCACAAGAGAAUCGGGGACGGCGAUACAGGGCCAAAUACUGGGGGUAUGGGGACGUAUGCACCAACCAGGAUUGCACCGAAGGAUGUGGUGAAUAGAAUUCACGACGAGAUAUUGCAACCUACUAUUGAUGGGAUGAAGGCGGAUGGUUUCCCGUUCAUAGGUCUGCUCUUCACGGGCUUGAUGAUGACAAACAGUGGGCCGAAGGUGCUGGAGUAUAAUGUCCGCUUCGGGGAUCCGGAAACGCAGAGCUUGUUGCCGCUUAUGGAGACCGAUCUUGCCGAUGUGAUGCUUGCAUGCACUAAUGGAAUGCUAGCCGGGACGGAGGUCAGGAUUUCGUCAAAGUCGGCAGUAACAGUUGUAGUUGCCGCUGGAGGAUAUCCUGGGUCAUAUGCCAAGGGAGCGGUGAUGAAGGUGGAUGCAGUGCCAGAAGACGUCGUACUAUUCCAUGCUGGAACUGCGUUUGCUGAGAACACAUUGAAGACUUCUGGCGGUAGAGUGAUCGCUUCCACCGGUAUAGCAGACACGUUAGAGGAAGCCGUCAAGAAGGCAUACACGGGCGUGAACUGCAUCUACUUUGAAGGCAUGCAAUUCCGCAAGGAUAUCGCGGGCCGGGCCGUAACAAGAUGAUUCAAUGACGUACAGGGGUUAGGUCGUUCAGGGGAAUAGAAGAGCCAAACGAGGUUUUUGUGGGAAAGGGGAACCUUUGUAAG